AUGUCACGCAGAUUCUACUUCGACGACGAUGACUCUUCCACCUCCUCCAAUGACCUCUCCUCACUUCCCUAUCCGAAGCCGCUCACACGUGCCGCCUUCCUCGCUCCGGACUUCGACCCCACAUCCUUUCUCUCCUCUCUUCAGAACAGACACCAGUCACUUGAAGAUCUUCGCAGUGAGCUGCGUCAGCGAUCACAAGACAUAAGCAAGGAGCUACUCGACCUCGUCAAUUCGAAUUAUGAAGAUUUUCUUAGCUUAGGCAAGGACUUGAAAGGGGGAGAUGAGAAAAUCGAGGAGAUUAGGGUGGGUCUUCUGGGCUUUAAACGGGAAGUUGAAGGCUUGAGGGACAAGGUCAAGGAGAGGAGGAAGGAGGUGGAGGUUUUGAUAGAGGAGAGGAAGGUCAUUAGGCGACGUACUAUGCUAGGCAGAGGAUUGUUAGAAGUCAAUCGACGACUGGAAGAUUUAGAACGUCGGUUGAUGCUGACAAAGAACGGCGACAAGCGUCAAGAGCAAGAGGAUGCUGCGAGCGAGGACGAAAGUGAAGAGGAGGCGGAGGCCGCUGCGGAUAUUGGGAGGUUGAAGAGACACGUUGAACAGUAUGGUUAUGUCACGAGGCUCGUAAACAGGCUUGGUUCAGAGCAUCCGUUCUUAUUGAGACAGGAAGACAGGAUUUUGCGGUUGAAGCAGACUGUGUUACUGGAUCUGGGCAGCGCACUCAAACAGGUCAUGGCUGAUCAUGACAGGAAAGGAAUGAUUCCGGAUAUUCUUGAGCUGUACAAGAUCAUGGAAGCGCAGAGAGACGCUGUUGCUGUACUGCAGGAGACUCGAUCUCUCAAACGGUGA